CAUGAACCAGGGGAACUGGCGCGAGGUGACUCGCUGAGCACAGGGCGGGAAGAGCUGAACUAACCUCCUCCGCCCUGCCCUACACCAGAGAAGCUGGGAUUUCCGCGUUACUGUUGCUUUAAAUGGAAGCCGGGCCCUGAAUACGCAAGCGCGUACGGCUCUGCCUUCUCCCUCCGUGUUCCAUCCUCCCUCCCCAUCCUGACCCCCUCCUAAAGGAACAGUUACUACUUUUUUUCUCACACCUUCUUUCUAAUCUCUCCUUCCACUCCGCCUCCCUUUCCUUGAAGUCCCAGUUCUCCUCUCCCCCUUUGGGGGAGGGCUAACCCUCCGUUCGCUUCCUGGUCUCGAGCCGGCGGCGAGCUCGUUGCCAUAGCGACCCGACCCGCGCGCCCUGCUGCCCCCCAGCCCCCGGGAACUAGAGGCGGCGGCGCUGGAGCAGGGGAGCGGGCCCGGUGGACGCGCGGCCGGGAGGGUGAUGGAGGCGCCGGCGGACUCCAGCGGCGGCGGCGGCGUCGGGGACUCGGCAGCUGCCACCACCGCCAAGGGGGUAGCCCGGGCCGGCUCUGCUGAGGGCCCUGCGGCGCUGACGGCUGCCGUGACCGAGAUCCGCUGCCCGGGCCCCAGGCCGCUGAGGCUGCUGGAGUGGAAGGUGGCGGCCGGCACGGCGGUGCAGAUCGGUACGGUGCUGGCGGUGUGUCUCCCUAUCGUGCCUCCCGCAGGCGGGGAGGCGGGCGCACUGCCGCCUUGCAACGCGCGCCGGAGAGCCGGGGAAGGAGAGGGUGAAGGGGGAGGCGGCGGAGAGGGAAGCCCCCACCUGUGCGGGAACCAGCGCGGUGAGCCCUCGCCUUGCCCCGAGGCCGGCGCCUGUGGCCGGACUCAGCGGUUGGCGGAGCGCAGGGUGAAGUCGGAGCGGGCCGGAGUGGUGCUAGAGCUGUGUGUGCAGCGGGGACAGGUGGUCCCUCCAGGAGGUGUUCUGGUGAGAUUAGAAGGAUGUAGCCACCCAGUAGUUAUGAAAGGUUUAUGUGCUGAAUGUGGUCAAGACUUAACACAGUUACAAAGUAAGAAUGGAAAACAGCAAGUGCCAUUAUCCACAGCAACUGUCUCCAUGGUGCACAGUGUGCCAGAAUUGAUGGUUAGCUCUGAGCAAGCUGAACAACUAGGCAGAGAAGACCAGCAACGACUACACCGAAACAGAAAGCUAGUCCUCAUGGUCGAUUUGGAUCAAACGUUAAUUCAUACUACAGAGCAACAUUGUCAACAAAUGUCAAACAAAGGUAUAUUUCAUUUUCAGUUAGGUCGAGGUGAACCUAUGCUACAUACUCGUUUACGUCCUCAUUGCAAGGAAUUCCUAGAAAAGAUUGCCAAACUAUACGAAUUACAUGUUUUCACCUUUGGUAGCCGGCUUUAUGCACAUACCAUUGCAGGUUUUUUAGACCCUGAAAAGAAGCUAUUUUCUCAUCGAAUAUUAUCAAGAGACGAAUGUAUUGACCCAUUUUCUAAAACAGGAAACCUUAGAAAUCUUUUCCCGUGUGGAGAUUCAAUGGUUUGCAUUAUUGAUGACCGAGAAGAUGUCUGGAAGUUUGCGCCCAAUUUGAUAACUGUAAAGAAAUAUGUAUACUUUCAGGGCAUAGGAGAUAUUAAUGCACCCCCUGGAUCCAGGGAAACUCAAAUGAAAAAAAAAGCUGAAAUCUCAGAACAAACCACAUCCCUGAAAGAUGCUGAAGAUGGAAAGAAUGUUUCUUGUGUAGAAGAACAGAGUAAUGGCCUUGGGAAAUCCACAAAGGAAUUGAAUGGUAGUAAGGUUGUACACAGUGAAUCCUCCAAAUGGUGUUUAAGUUCUAGUGAUAAAACAAAUGAAAGACAGUCCUUCCAUGGUACCACUGAUCACAUUACAGAUGCUACUAGUACUAAUGAUUUGAUAACUGCUAAGGAAUCUCAGAUUUCUUCAGAAAGGGAUGAUAGAACAUUAUCAGAAAAAAAUCUUGGCCAAAGCAAUGCAGGUAAUGAUUUGGACUUUGAACUCUCUAGUGACAGUGAAAGUAACAGUGAAUUAGAUGGUCGCAAAUCUGCUUCUUCUGCAUCUGAUAGUGAAAAUGAGGAGAAGAGAAGCUGGAAGAAGUCAAAAGCUGCCCAAGAAGAGACUUCUCAAGAACAGGAAGGAAAAGUCACAACUGGGGAGAAAACAGUUGGAGUCAAUCAUUCUACAGAGUCUGGAUCUAGCAUAAAUCUUCAUGGCAAAGUCAAUGACCUUGAAGUACCAGAAGAAAAUGAACAAGAUGGCCUCUGUGAUCUGGGAAAUGGUUGUGCAGACAAGAAAGAAGCAGAGACUGAGUCACAGAAUAGUGAACAAUCUGGGAUUACAGUGGGUGAAUCUUUGGAUCAGAGCAUGGAAGAAGAGGAGGAAGAAGAAGAAGAUAAUGAUGAAGAUGAUCAUCUCAUAUAUCUUGAAGAGAUCCUUGUUCGUGUACAUAAUGAUUAUUAUACAAAGUAUGAUAAAUACCUGAAUAAGGAGAUCCAAGAAGCACCUGAUAUACGGAAAAUAGUACCAGAACUGAAAAGUAAGGUAUUGGCAGAUGUUACCAUCAUAUUUAGUGGGGUAUGUCCAACUAAUUAUCCAAUAGAAAGGACACGAGAACAUUAUCAUGCAACUGCACUUGGAGCUAAGAUCAAUAAGAAUUUGAUAUUGAAUGCAGAUGAUCCCAACAAGGCAACUCACCUCAUUGCAGCAAGGGCUGGCACAGAGAAAGUAAGACAAGCUCAAGAGUGUAAACAUCUCCAUGUUGUAAACCCUGAUUGGUUGUGGAGCUGCUUGGAAAGGUGGGACAAAGUAGAGGAACAACUCUUCCCUCUAAAGGAGGAUUACAUCAAAACACAAAGGGAAAACAGUCCAGCAACAUUUCCUGAUAUACAGAGUGCUUUUCCAACAGCCUUGUUCCAUCCAACACCUAUCCAUCCAAAGUGUCAACCUGGUCCAGAAGUUCGAAUUUAUGAUUCUAACACUGGGAAGCUAAUCAGAAAAGGGACUCAGAAUACUGGACAGUCUCUAUAUAUCCAGUCACCAGCUUCUCCUGUCACAUUACCAGUCCACGGGGAGCAUUCUUCUUUCAGAGUUGUUCAACCACAUCAACAACAGAUGUUUGGUGAAGAAUUGCCAACAAGUCAAGAUGAAGAUGAGCAGCCUGGUCCAUCCAGAAGAAAACGACAGCCAAGUAUGUCUGAAACAAUGCCGCUAUACACACUUUGUAAAGAGGAUUUAGAAAGUAUGGAUAAAGAGGUUGAUGACAUCUUAGGAGAAGGGAGUGAUGACAGUGAUACUGAAAAAAAGAAGUUAGAAGAAGAGGGAGAGCAACCCCAGAAGAGUGAAACGGAGAAUCUUGGAACAAAAAUUGAACAAAGAUCUGGAUCAUCAUCAUCAUCGAGUGAAAGAAGCCUGACAGGCAGUAUACCCAGAGGCCACAAGCGGAAGCUGAAUGAGGAUGAUGCUGCCAGUGAAUCCAGUAAAGAGUCCAGUAAUGAAGAUGAGGAGGGAAGCAGCUCAGAGGCAGAUGAAAUGGCAGCUGCACUUGAAGCUGAGUUGAAUGACUUCAUGUGAUGUCUGGAAGGGAGGAGGAUUUGUAAUUAUGUUUUAUUUCUUGUAACAGAUCACAGACUUCAAAUGAGCCCCAUAUGAUAGCACUCGGGUUUUGUUUUUUUUUUCCUUCCCUCAAAGCCAGUAUGUAUAUUUUGUAAAUCAACACAAAAAGGCGACACAUUACUUUACACAAUCAGAAAUAGGUGUUUUUAAGGUGUUUUACUACAGUCAAAGUAUACUUUUUUAAAUAGCAAAAGUGUUAAAAAGGGGAAAAGGGGAAUUAGUGUGCAAUGCCAAAGAAGUGUUGAAUUUUACAGAAUAUAUAGUAGUAGGAGGGUUUGUGAUUUAUUGAUACAUUGCAGGAUUAUUUUUUUUUCUUUAAAUACCACAGCACAUGAUUUGGGGUAAAGGAUUUCAGGGGAACAGACAAGAAAAGAGUAAUGAUGUAGUUAGAAUCUGAUGACCUAGUCAUGCUUUUUCACAGCUAAAGCUAUCAAAAAUAUAAAAGAGAUUUUAAAAUGCAAAACAAUUUAUAUUUGUAUAGAAACUGAAAAUGUGAUAUGCAGACUUCAUGAACUCUGCACUUGACAUCCACGUCACUUGCUUCUGAAAGAAUACAUAAUGAUCAAAUUUCCUAUUUUUAAAUUACUUUCUGAAAUAUUUGGGCUCUUUAGAAGACUAUUGUUUAGAUUUUAAACUUUGCUUCUGUGUAACCUGGAAUUUUAGCACAGUGUAUGUGCUCUGCCAUCCUGUACUGCCAUAAGGAACUUAUUCACGCAUUUGUUUUCUUCAUAAAAGGAAUAAGUGCUAGUUUAUCUUAGAUAGGAUUUUAUUUCUUUGGCUGAGAGAUCUGAUGUAAAGUUUUUGUAUAUUCUAUUUCAUAUUUGACCCACCAAACAGAUUUUUCUUUCAUUUAAUAAAGAUUCAUUUUGUAAAUUUCCUUCUCUUUUGUGAAUUGAAGUAAAUAGUGUGUGCAUUUUAUAAA